CACAACAGAAAAGUAAAACAAAAUUUGGCAAAGAUAAAAUCAAAAAUGUUUGUAACAGGCUUUUAAAAAUCGAUUUAAAAAGAAAGCCGUUAAAUCAAUCGAUUGUUUCCUCUGACUCAUCGAAAAUUGCGUUGCCAGAGUUUGCACUAAAGACAAUCUGGUUUCGCUCUAUCAAAAUGUCAAAAACAUAACAAACUCAUAAUAUAUUAUUUUUUAUGCAAAAUUGGUCAAUUUCCAUACUAUUAUGCUUAUGAACCGUGCGCUAUGUAGGAGCUGGCUGUCCCACGUCCCUUACAGGUUUCAAGUUCCCCAAGUCCGAGGCGAUCCCACACUGCCAGCUGGACGAAGACACAUAUUAGGCACAGGCACAACGAUACCAUGGAGACCGCCGUCGGGUGGAGGUGGACGUCACUUUCACGGGAACAGACACAGAAACAGCAAUGUAAAGCCCUUACCCGCAGAACAACAAACGCCAGCCGAGAAUCCGACAGUACCGAGUAGAAAUAUCAUCAAAGCGGUGGCCUUUACUGGAGCCUUCAGUUUGGGCUGCUUUGCCGGUGCAACCAUUAUGGAGUACGAAAAUACGAGAAGCAUGAUCCUAGCAAAAGCCAAACAAGCUCGUUUUGGCUGGUGGCAGAGUAGAUCUUUGGGUGAACGGGAUAGCUGGAGCCAGCUAAAGCAAGACAUUCGAAGGCAGUGGGACUCAUUAACGCCAGGGGAUAAAGUAUUUGCGCCGCUUCUGGUCUUCAAUGUCUUGGCAUUUGCCCUGUGGCGAGUGCCAUCAAUGCGAAACACCAUGAUGACUUAUUUUACCUCAAAUCCGGCAGCCCGUGUGGUCUGCUGGCCCAUGUUCCUCUCCACAUUCAGCCAUUACUCGGCCAUGCAUAUAUUUGCCAAUAUGUAUGUUUUGCAUAGUUUUGCGAAUGCCUCAGUUUUGUCAAUGGGCAAGGAACAGUUUAUGGCUGUAUAUCUGAGUGCCGGCGUUUUCUCCAGUUUGGUGAGCGUGCUUUAUAAGGCUGGGACAAGGCAAACGGGCAUGUCCCUAGGAGCUUCUGGUGCAAUUAUGGCUGUUCUGGCUUAUGUCUGUGCCCAAUAUCCAGACACUCAAUUGAGUAUAUUAUUUCUGCCAACCUUAACCUUUUCAGCGGGAGCAGCAAUUAAGGUCAUAAUGGGCAUUGAUUUUGCCGGCUGCGUCUUGGGCUGGAAAUUCUUUGAUCAUGCAGCGCAUUUAGGUGGCGCCAUGUUUGGCAUUUUUUGGGCACAAUAUGGUGCCCAAAUGUGGGCAAAGCGCAUUGGUUUGCUUAAUUACUAUCAUGAGCUUCGCCGGACCAAGCACAAAUAGGAAAUCAACCUGGCCAAGUGGAGGAAAAGUUAGCAAGUUUUAAUAGAAGUAUAACGAUAAAAGCAUUGUGACAUCUAUUACUCUAUCUCUAGUUCGUUAGGUUCAAUAAAAAAAGAAAUAUGAGUGGA